AUGCUGGCCUGUGAGACCGCCCUUGACGCUGGGGCCCAUGAGGAGCUUCAGUUCCAGGGUGGCCGCCCUGCAGCUCCGCCCUGCACCCCCGUGGGCCCCUACCCUGUGCCUGCCCUGACCCCCACCUUGCACCCCCAUCCUGUCCUCCUACCAUGCCCCCACCCUGUGCCCCCGUCCCACACCCCCGUCCUUUCCCACAGCAUCCAGAACCUUCUAAGCCUGCAUGCCUUCUUUCCUAGGAGAAGCACAUUUCAGGCCUCUGGGAUAGGACGCCAGACAGAGUCACUGCUACCCCCCGGGCCCCACGACAGCUCCCUGGAUGCAGGAGCCUUCCUGAUUGGCCUGCGGGACAGCCCCAUCCUCACCAAUGCCCGGGGGCACCCGGUGCCCCGGGAGCUCCUCUUCUAUUGGUGCCGGACAGGACCUGGGGGCCACCUGCCUGUGCCCAGGGCAGAGGCCACGCUGCCCUACUGGGUGCCUCUGUCCCUGCGGCCCCGGAAGCAGACGGUGGCCCAGGCUCACAGCCCCCGGACCUCUCAGAGGUGCCCCUGCCCGUCCCGCCGGUUUGGGGGCCGCCUCCCGACACCUAGAGACCAGGCGGUGAUGCCUUACUGGGUACCGCGGUGCCUGAGGGCCCAGAAGGAGGGUUACCAGGCUGACCGUGCACGUGGCCUCGUCCCACAGGUGGCAAAAAUGCAGCAGAGCAUUAGAGGCCUCCCAGAACACGCCCUGGACUUGCGCUCCUGGCAUAACCGCUGGCGGAUCUGCUGCGACGGGCCUGCCCUCCUCAAGUGGCAGCGGCUGCAGGCCCUGCAGGCCCCGCCGGCUCCCCACGCGGCAGCCUGCCUCUUCGACCCCGAACUCCUGCCCCUCCUCCCCCUUGGUCUCAGCCUCCUGACCGUCCUCCAGGCCAUCCUGAGGGUCCUGGCGGCCAUUCGGUGUAGCGAGGAGGUCCGGGUCAUGAGCGCACAGAGGGAGCUGUAA